UUUUGGGCCUCUUUUUCUUCUCCCAACCCCCUCUCUCAAAGUACACUACACAGAGAGAGAAUGGGACGAGGUAACAAGCGAACGGAGGCAACAUCCCCGGCGCCUGCACCUACUGCGUCACCGAAGAAGCCGAAGAGAUCGACCCCAGACGUGACCGAUCUUGGUUUCCUCAGUGCUCCAGUCCCUUCCAACCAAGCCAAAUCAAGAUGGCCUCACAGAUAUCAAACUAAGCAAACCAAAGCUACAGUUACCGUUACUUUAUCAGAUGGCUCGACUGAGGAAAAGGAGCUUUUUCAAGCUAAAUCCCACUAUACGAGAGCUGCCGUUGAUGGGGUGGAGUUUGAACUCUUUGACGAUGCUUACAUUCAGUCUUCAGAAGGUGAACCUGAUUUUAUUGCAAAGAUUGUGGAAAUGUUUCAAACCACAAGUGGUGAGAUGUAUAUUUGCACCCAAUGGUUUUAUCGAGCCAAAGAUACGGUUAUAAAGGAUCAAGAUUACCUCAUUGAUGCUAGACGAGUCUUUUACUCGGACAUAAAGGAUGACAAUCUGUUAAGCUGUAUCACUAGAAAAGCUAAAAUUAACCAACUUGCACCAGAUAUGGCUGCUGAUGCAAGAGAAAAAUCCAUGGCCUCCUGUGAUCUUUACGUUGAUACGAUGUACACUUUCCCACAUGCCUUUUCAAGUUUGAGAAAAGACAUAAAUAACUUAUCAUUAACUGAUGAGGUAGUGGAAACAAAAACUCCUGAUGUCAAAAAACCUCUGGAAGAUUCCCAGCGAUCAGAAGUCACUUUAUUGGAUUUGUACUGUGGUUGUGGUGCAAUGUCCACUGGACUUGGUAUUGGUGUAUCUUUGCUCGGAGAGAAAAUUGUCACGAAGUGGGCUGUUGAUUUCAACUCCUAUGCGUGUGAGAGUAUAAAAUAUAACCAUCCAAAUACUGAGGUAAGAAAUGAAGAUGCAGAGAAUUUUUUUAUUCUAUUAAAAGAAUGGGAAAGCCUCUGCAAAAAGUUCAAUGUGGUGGGAUCAAAAGACAUUGAACUAGAGCCUCAAAGUUCAGACAGUGAUGAAUCUGAAGUAGACGAUGGAGUGGUGGUUCCAUCUGAAGGGGAGUAUGAAGUGCAGAAGUUGCUUGCAAUUUGCUAUGGGGAUCCAAAUCAGAAGAAAAAAACUGGUCUAUAUUUCAAGGUACGCUGGAAAGGUUAUGGCCGUGCUGAUGAUACUUGGGAGCCUAUUGAGGGCCUAAGUAACUGCGAAGAAAGAUUACAGGAGUUUGUCUUAAGAGGUUAUAGAGCUAAAGUAUUGCCUCUACCAGGAGAUGUCGACUUUAUAUGUGGUGGUCCGCCAUGUCAAGGAAUUAGUGGCUUCAACAGAUUUAGAGAUGCUCUUGCUCCCUUAAAGGACAAAAAGAAUCACCAACUUGUUGUCUACAUGAACAUUGUGGAGUUUCUAAAACCAAGAUAUGUGUUGAUGGAGAAUGUUACAGAUAUACUGAAAUUUGCAAAAGCACAGUUGACUAGUUAUGCUGUUGGACGACUAGUUUCUAUGAACUACCAAGCCCGAUUAGGUAUAAUGGCUGCUGGUGCAUAUGGUGUUCCACAAUGCCGGAUGCGUUUUUUCCUUUGGGGUGCUGGGCCAACAGAGAUUUUACCUCAAUUUCCACUGCCCACACAUGAAGCGCUGAAGAAAGGAGUUGUUGUAAAUGAAUAUAAGGAACUUAUAAUUGGACAUGGAGAUGAGCAUGGUCAGUUGCAUAAAUCUGCUCUACUAGGAGAUGCUAUUUCUGAUAUGCCAGCGGUGACAAAUGACACAGAGGAAGAUGAAAUGCCUUAUGAUAAAGCUCCUAGCACUGAAUAUCAGAAACUCAUUAGAUUGAGCAGAAAAGAUAUAUUUGGUUGCUCUGAUGCUAAAAGGAAAGACUCACAUAAGUCCAUACUGUAUGAUCAUCGUCCCCAUAAACUGAAUCAGGAUGAUUAUGAAAGAGUCUGCCAAGUUCCCAAGUUCAAGGGAGCCAACUUUAGAAACCUGCCUGGAGUACUGGUUGGACCCGAUCGAGUUGUAAAACUGGAUGAAACUGUCGAGAGAGCUAGGUGCACGUCAGGCAAACCUCUGGUACCUGAUUAUGCCUUAAGUUUUGAAGAAGGGAAGUCUUGCAAGCCUUUUGGUCGACUAGGGAUGGAUGACAUUGUGGCCACUGUAGUUACCAGGCCUGAACCCCAUAACCAGGUUCUCCUGCAUCCAAAUCAAGAUAGAGUGCUUUCUGUCCGUGAAAAUGCAAGACUACAAGGAUUUCCGGACUGCUAUAAGCUUUUUGGACCAGUAAGAGAGAGGUACAUGCAAAUAGGAAAUGCUGUUUCGUUUUCUGUUUCAAUGCCAUUAGGCUAUUGCUUGGCGAAAGCGCUGCAAGGCGCACAAUACACAACACCAUUGAGCCUUCCAUUCAAGUUCCCCGACUGCCUUGGAGAGUUGAAGUCUCUUCGACAAGAACCAGAAGAGCUUAUUUCAUAGUGCACUACCAUUUGUUUGUAUACUACUAUGAGAUAACCGGAAUAUCUUAGUUUUUCAGGAAUCUGAUUUUCCUAGUUUAUUCAUCUUGUAUUUUUCUCCCCACCUGUUGAUUUUGUAGACAUUUGUAUGAGCUCACAAAGGAUGUACACUAUUCAUUGCAUCUGACUACUUUCUCUUGCUAGAUCACUUUCUUUUUCAAA